CACAUUGUGCAUACUGAAAAACAGGAAAAAAUUGCUCUAAGUCCACACGAUGAUAAAAGAUUCUUAUUGCCUCAUAGUACUGACACUUUGCCUUGGGGACAUUACAGAAUUAUGGAAGAACAGAUGGCGCAAGCUGCUAUGCAAGUAGAGGGAGAUGCGGUGGAGGGGAUUGUGGUGGAGGAGAGGGGCAACAAUGGCGAAGGACGAAAAAGAGAGGGAGAAAGUGAGUGGGGGCAUGAAGCAACCAAUGAGAAUGCUUCGCGGGUGGGGAUGACACUUUAUGCUGAUGGAGGGGAACCAAUCAAGAUUGAAUAUGAUGUUUUAGAGGAGUUUAUGCACGAGUGGGAUCCCUCAUUGGAUAGGUUAGGAACUGAACAAGGAGUGAGAAAUGAUAUACUACUAGAGGCUAUGGAAGGGGCAGAAAUUGUGGUGGGAAACGGGCUAUAUGAAUGGACGAAACACGAUGAAGAGCACAUUCGAGAAAUCGAAGCGAACAACCAACCUUGUGCAAAGAGACCAAGACUCACCUAACUCUAAAAUAAAAUGGAUCUAUCUGCACUCAACAAGAUUGCUGAGCGCGAGUUCUUGCCUAAGAAGAAAGUCACGGACUUGGAAAAAGAUCAUGAGUACAUGGUGACUGCACUCAAGGAAGUAAAGACGAGAUUCGGCACAAAGAUCGUGGCUGAGAUCGAUGACAGCUUUCAAAUAUUUCUGCCUGGGAAGAUCUCAUCAGCAAUCUUGAAAGAUCAAGAAUUUUUCAAUAAUCUCUCUAACACAGCAAAUAAACUUAAUUUAUUUAUAACAUAUCAGGGUGGAACUUCUUUUAAGUUCACCACAUGCUAAAAUAAUGAAAUACAAAGACUGAUAAUUGUUAAAUACUAUUUAUUUAUUUCUUCAAACUUGUGUGCAAUUUACAUGAAUAAAUACAUUAUUAAAUAUAAUAACAA